UGUCGUUUGGCAACGUCGUUGCCUUGACCCAAACUAUCAUCGCUCUUCAGAGGCCUUCACGGAUCCAACUGACCGGGAUCUCUUCGCGCUCUCCUCCACUCUGGGCCUGGAUCCGCCGCGUUUCUCACCGGAAGGAAAACGACGGCGGUUAUGUCCUCUAUCAUCAAGGCAAUAUUGUGUGAUCUCCAGGUUCUGUGGACAAUUUGAAGUUUUCAUGGCCUUAAGCUUGCUUCCAUCUUGUGAAUCCCAUUAUUAGUGAGAGCAAGCUGUAGGGCUGUUGAUUUGAAUAGAAUAAGCAAAGUAAAUGCUUGGACCUAGAAGUGCAGGUGAAGAAUGUGCAAGAUGACGAUGAGGUUCCCCAAGCGUUACUUGAUUGUUAUUUUGACCUUCAUCUGCACAUCAGUUUGUUACAUAGAACGGGUUGGCUUUUCGAUUGCAUACACUAUAGCUGCUGAUGCUGCCAAAGUGAAUCAAUCUAGUAAAGGGGCAAUACUUUCUACAUUCUAUUAUGGAUAUGCUUGUUCACAAGUGCCAGGAGGAUGGGCAGCUCAGAAAGUGGGGGGUUGGAAGAUCCUUCUUCUUUCAUUUGUGUUGUGGUCAGCAACUUGUGCAUUGGUUCCACUUGAUCCUAAUAAAGUAUUAGUAUUGGUGAUAGCAAGAUUGCUUGUUGGUGUGGCCCAAGGGUUUAUAUUUCCCUCUAUACACACAGUUCUCGCACAGUGGGUUCCUCCUCAUGAAAGAUCUCGCUCUGUUUCUCUUACGACAUCUGGCAUGUACCUCGGUGCAGCACUAGGAAUGCUUUUUCUUCCUAGUCUGGUGAAGUUUAAAGGUCCUCAAUCCGUAUUCGUUGCUGAGGCAAUACUGGGUGCUUCAUGGUCGUUACUUUGGUUCAAAUAUGCGAGCGAUCCACCCCGUGUUGAGCAUCCAAAAGCAACUGGGGAAUCCUUGUUGCCUAUUAAAGGGAGCCACAGAAACAAAGUUGAAAAUGGAAGAGUUUCAGUUAAAACAACAAAAAUCCCUUGGAUUAAAAUUCUAACCAGCUUGCCAGUCUGGGCAAUUGUUGUCAACAAUUUCACUUUUCAUUAUGGUUUAUAUGUGUUGAUGAAUUGGCUGCCAACAUACUUUGAAUUGGGCCUUCAACUUAGCCUUCAAGAUAUGGGUUCUUCUAAAAUGAUGCCCUAUCUGAAUAUGUUCAUAUUCUCAAACAUUGGUGGGGUUGUAGCUGAUUAUUUAAUCACCAAGAGAAUAAUGUCUGUAACUAGAACCCGGAAAUUCUUGAACACCAUUGGAUUUCUUGUUGCUUCCCUUGCUUUAAUGGUAAUUCCCAUUUUCAGAACUUCGGGUGGUGCUGUCUUCUGUUCUUCUGUUGCUCUUGGUUUCUUGGCACUAGGCAGAGCUGGGUUUGCGGUGAACCACAUGGAUAUUGCUCCAAGAUAUGCCGGAAUCGUGAUGGGAGUUUCUAACACUGCAGGUACAUUAGCCGGCAUAGUCGGAGUUGACCUUACGGGCAAGCUUCUUGAAGCUGCUAAAACUGCUAAUUCAGAUCUUACAAGUCCUGAAAGCUGGAGAGCAGUGUUCUUCAUUCCAGGCCUGCUAUGCAUUUUUAGCUCUUUAAUAUUCUUACAAUUUUCAACUGGAGAGAGAAUUUUUGACUGAGGUAGGCAUGCCGAUUGAUGGUAGCACGGCUCAUUGGCUAUGCUAUUUAUCUGGAGAUUGGAUUGUUUUAUUUGUCCAGAUUAUACCAUUCUUGGACAGGAGAGAUCAUAUACCAAGUUUCGUAGCUCCAGCCCCUAAGCAACAUUGAUGAUGUUCUGUUGUUUUUUAAUGUAGAAUUUUUUCUUACAAACUUGUACCAUUCAUAGAUAUCGUAAAUGUAUAAUCAUAUUGGAAAUUCAGGAACCUCAAUUCCACAGCCAUAGCUAUCAAGAAAUAAUUUGGGGGCAGAGCU